CCACAUCUUUCCCACACAAUUUCUUGAGAACCAUUCACUCGAUCAUAGUGAUAUUUGAAAUUUCAUAUGUAGGUUGGUUUUAUCUAGAAGAAGACCCCUAUUGAUUUUGAGGUCAAAGAUCAAGGAUCGAUCCACUCUAAACAUAGGAAGAGAAAUCUUGAGAACCCUUUCCUUGACAGAUAUCAGACUUGGUACACUGGUACUAAGGAGUAGAUGACUCCUAUUGAUUUUGAGGGCACAUGGUCAUUUAGGUCAAGGGUGAAACUGAACCUAGGAAGAUAUUGUUUGCUCAAUAUUUUGCAAACUUUUUGCUUGAAAGACAUCAAACUUUGUACACUGGUACAUCAAUCAUAAAGCGUAGAUGACCCCCUAUUAAUUUUGGGUUUGUGUGGCCAAGGGUCAAACUGGACAUGGUAAUAUAUUGUCUCCUAUAUUUUAAGAAUCAUUUGCUUGAUUGACAUCAAACUUGGUAUACUGGUAAAUCCUAAGGAGUAGAUGACCCCUUUUGAUUUUUAGGUUACAUGGUCAAAAGUCAAGGGUCAAUCCACUCUGGACAAAGGAAGAUAUUGUCCUGCUCCGUAUCUUGAAUAUGGUUUGGCACUACUCAAUUAAAUUAUUGUGUUUAACCCUUUUCAAUUUUGUACCACAGGGGGCAUAUAUGUUUUACAAGCAUUUCUUGUUUCUUUUGUGCAACAAUUCAGGAAAAUUUUAUAACUUAUGUUACUUUAAUUAUUUUCAGGAAUCAGAUGUUUGAAGAACGAGGAAUAAAAGCCCCAACUGCUUACAAAACUGGAACUACAAUUGUUGGAGUUGUUUACAAGGAUGGUGUUGUGCUGGGAGCAGACACCAGAGCCACAGAAGACACAGUGGUGGCAGACAAAAACUGCAGCAAAAUCCACUACAUCGCAGAUAAUAUAUAUUGCUGUGGUGCUGGAACAGCAGCAGAUACAGAAAUGACCACUCAAAUGAUUUCCUCUCAGUUGGAGCUUCACAGACUGAACACAGGACGAAAACCACGGGUGUGCACAGCUAACAGACUCCUUAAGCAGAUGUUAUUUAGGUACCAGGGCUACAUCAGUGCAGCAUUGGUCCUUGGUGGUGUUGACUCGACUGGUCCUCAUCUAUACAGUGUAUAUCCUCAUGGAUCCACCGACAAACUUCCUUAUGUGACUAUGGGUUCGGGGUCUUUAGCAGCAAUGGCAGUUUUUGAGAGAGGAUUCAAGCCAAACAUGGAGAAAGAGGAGGCAAAAAAACUUGUAAGAGAUGCAAUAGCUGCUGGUAUAUUUAAUGAUCUGGGAUCAGGAAGUAAUGUAGAUGUCUGUGUCAUCACUAAAGACAAAGUGGAAUACCUGAGACCUUACGAUGAGGCUAAUCUCAAAGGACAAAGACAAGGAUCAUAUAGAUACAAGAAGGGAACAACUGCAGUUCUCAAGACAGAGGUGAAGAAAAUUCCUUUUGACGUUGUAAAGACAACGGUAAAGGCUGAACCUAUGGAAACAGUCUAAUAUCAUAUAAAAUGGACAUUUGUGCGUUGAAUAAAGCCUCGGAGUGCUUUUGUAAUAUGUACUUCUUUUGUCACUUUACGUUUAAUAAAUAUUCUCAUCUCAU